AUGUUACUGUGGGGGAUAAUUGAUCCAAGGAUACAGAUUCAUCAGACAAUAGUACAAUGGUGGUAUAUGCCAUGUCCUACAAAGCUCAAGUCAGUUAUGCAGGCUGCACCAGCAUUCAUAUGUUGGCAACUAUGGAAGAGAAGAAAUAUUAUCAUGCAUGGAGGCAAUAUGAAUAAAAUGAAGGUGAUACAUGGGAUCAACUACAAUUUGCAUCACCUAGUCUCAAAUGGCUGGUUCAAGUGCAAUACAGAUGGGGCCUCAAGGGGUAAUCCAGGACUAAGUUCAGUUGCUUUCUACAUUAGAGAUGAAUUUGGAAACCUGAUAUAUGCUGGUGCAAGAAGAUUAGCUGAUACAACAAAUAUUAUAGCAGAAUCUGUCGCUAUAUUGGAUGGUAUUGAAUUCUGCAUUAAAAAUGAUCUGAUGAAUGUGAUGAUUGAAUCAGAUUAUUUGUCUGUGGUAAAUAUUAUACAAGGAGUAUGGGAUAUUCCAUAG